AUGUCAAGUUCAAAGAAGCGUAAUAACCAAACAACACUCUCUCAAUCAAAUAAAAAAAAUCAUAAUGAUGAUUCUAACCUACAUUUUGAAGAACCUCAAUGGAUUGAUCUUGGAUACAAUAAGACUAGUUGGGUUUGGAAGUAUUUUGGG